AUGACUCCACCAAUUGCCAUCUACGAUGAUGCGGAGAGACUGUCUCCUGUGCCAACCAAGAGCAUUAGCAUAAAUGGCAAGCCUGCCGUUACCUCCGGAGCUGUCACUGAUGGCAAUGCUGCAAGUCAGACGAAGCUCCUCGCAGAGUUUGCCGACAAAUGGGACAGCUUUCGCUUUGCACCCAUCCGAGAGUCUACGGUGUCCCGAGCCAUGACUCGACGUUACUUCAACGACUUGGACACCUAUGCUGAGUCGGAUGUGGUCAUUGUCGGUGCAGGCUCCUGUGGUCUCUCAGCUGCGUACACGCUUGCUAAUGCUCGUCCUGAUCUGAAGAUUGCCAUUAUCGAGGCGUCUGUCUCACCUGGUGGUGGAUGCUGGCUAGGUGGUCAGCUUUUCUCGGCCAUGGUGCUGCGAAAGCCUGCUCAGAAAUUCCUUGAGGACGUUGGAAUCGCAUACGAAGACGAGGGCGACUAUGUCGUCGUGAAGCAUGCUGCACUAUUCAUGUCGACUUUGAUGAGCAAGGUCCUGGCCAUGCCUAACGUCAAGCUCUUCAAUGCUACCUGCGUUGAGGAUUUGAUCACUAGGUCAGCUCCUGAACUGCCUAGUGGGGUCAGAAUCUGCGGUGUGGUGACCAACUGGACCCUUGUGACUAUUCAUCACGAUGAUCAUUCGUGCAUGGACCCCAAUACUAUCAACGCACCUCUUAUCAUUAGCACCACUGGCCACGAUGGUCCUUUCGGUGCCUUUUCUGCCAAACGCCUCGAGUCCAUGAAAGCUCUUCCCAAUGGUCUCGGCGGUAUGCGAGGACUUGACAUGAACAGUGCCGAGGACGCAAUCGUCAAGAACACUCGUGAAGUCGUUCCUGGCCUAAUCAUGGGCGGUAUGGAGCUCAGCGAGCUGGAUGGAGCGAAUAGAAUGGGUCCAACCUUCGGUGCAAUGUGUCUGAGUGGUGUGAAGGCUGCGGAGGAGGCAUUGAAGGUCUGGGAAAUCAGAAGGAAGGAGUGCGCAGCAUGA